ACUCUUGCUGUACAACAUCAUUGCAUGUCAUGAAACCAGAGGCAAGUAGGGUUUUGUAGAUUUUGAAGAGCAAGUCCAGGAAGUCGCGCCAAAUGAUAUGAGAGAAACGCAGCUUGAAAUAAGGCAACAUUUUGACUUUUAGUUAGGGAUUGGAAGUACAUCUCCAGUUUUGUGACCGACUAUCUGUUUGUUGGUCCUCACUUGGACUGCCCUGCCUGGUGUGUUGCCGCACACACCCUAACUCCUAGACAUGGCAGGUCUCCUUGGGCUCAAGGUCGUGCUGCUUUGGGCUGGGAUCAUCUGUCUGGCCAACUGUGCUGAUAACAAAAAUGAGUCAGCCCCCUCACCUACACGCACUGUGGCAACAACAAUUGCCACAGCUUCAAUCACCACAGUUGUCCCCAGUUCUUCACUCACCUUGUCACCCCCCACCUCAAACACCUCAUUUCAGACAAAGCUUUCAACCACCAUAACUGGCAUCCUCCCUACAAGCACCUCAGAUCUGAGCUUACCUGCAUCCACUUCACCCAGCACACCUUCUAUCCCUCAGACAAACACCCAGAACCAGGCCGCUCCUACACUCAACAACCCCAACACCACAAAGGCAGAUAGCGCCGCAGAUGAGUCAGCCACCUCACCCUCACUCACUGAGGCAACAUCGAAUGCCACAGCUUCAGAUACCAAAGCUGUCCGCAAUUCUUCACUCACCUCGUCACCCUCCACCUCAAAUACCAAAAACCAUUCUUCCACCAUAACUGAUACCUCAGAUCAGAGCUUACCCGCACCCACCUCCUCCACCACAAGUGUUGUCCCUCAGAACCAGACUACUACUCCACUCAAACAGUCCAACACCACAGUGGCAGCUCCGACCACAGCAGGCAAUCAAACAACUGCUGGACCAUCCCCAACAUCUCCACAGUGUUUUUACCAAGUUCAACUCAUCCCGGGUGGCUUCUUGAUCAACAUGACGAAUUCUCCCGCUGGAAACUACAAUAUUACCAUUACUGAAAACAACCAAACAGUGAAACAAGAAAAUGUUUUUGUCUCCAAUGAAACCUCAACACAUGAAAUCAAACAUCUGAAGCCCUGUACUGAAUAUGAGCACAGCGUUGUCCGUGCUGAUAGACAAAUAACCUGCAACAGCGAUGCAAAUAAAGCUAAAACACAAUGGAAUGAUGAUAUUAAAGAAAUCAGCAACACUUCUGGAUAUGUUUGUUACCAAAGCGCCUGGAACCUCGACUCUUCAGUGUCAACACCAAAAAAUCAUCGAUAUGAACAAAGAGAAGAUGGAAAAUUCUGUUUCAAACUUGCUGAUGAGGAUUUUUGCUCAGAUUUUAACAUAACCUUCACUCCAGAAAACUGUAAUGUGACCUUUAAUCGCACCAGAUACAUUUCUGUUGAUUUCAUUGAUCCAAAUGCCAUCGUUCAGCAUGAACCCACAGGACUUCCUGCAAAAAUAGAACCAAAGUUACUUUCAAACUGUAAAAACGUCAUGGUGGAUUACACCUGUUCAGAAAGUGGAAAAGUCAAUCAGUUCAUAAAACUUUCUGAUGUGGAGCCCUUCACAAACUACACCUGUACUGGUCUGAUCCAGCACAACAGUGUCUCCAUAAAAACUCUGCGUCUCCAGUUUCAGACCAUAUGUGAUCUCACAAUAACGGAUAAAAAGGUUCAUAGAACCAAUACUUCCACUGAGCUGACAUGGAAAACAACCAGUAACAACUGUAAAGGUUUUCCCCAAAACUUUACGAGGUUUAGUUAUACUUCUUACUGCCCUAAGCCCCCUGGUACAGGACCAUGCAAAAGUAUCAAACCUGAUGGAGGAAAGUGUGAACUUACUAGACUGAGUCCUUACACUGAUUACACAUGUGAAAUCCAGCCCACCUACAACGACAGCAAAGUUUCCAAACCAGAGACAUUUACCUGGAAAACUGAGCCUGGAACACCAGAAACUGUCACAAUCCGCGAAGUGUCUAAUCCAGAGAAUAAUGUGAUCAAAAUAUCCUGUACUCAUAACACCAAAAAAUUUUAUGGACCUAAACAUGAAUACAUAGCACAUCUUGUUGGUGGCAGCACAAAAAAUGAAACAUCAUGUGAUUUUGAAUUCAAAGACCUGAGUUACCUUAAAACCUACACACUGGAGGUGGUUGCUUUCAAUGGAGUGUUAAAGAGCAAACCUGUAACAAAACAAGUUCACACUCGUUAUAAUGACAAAGCUGUCAUUGGGUUUCUGGUCUUCCUCAUCAUCCUCACCUCUGUGGCUCUUCUUGUGGUCGUCUACAAGAUCUACAUUUUAAGAAGCAGAAAGUCCCAUGACCAGAAUGAAAACUUGAGGCUUAUUGACAGAGGAAGUGAUGAAGAUAAUCUACUGCUCGUUGAGCCGAUUUCAUCAGAGGUGCUGCUGGAAACUUACAAGAGGAAACUUGCUGAUGAAGCGAGACUUUUCCUGGCUGAGUUUCAGAGUAUCCCCAGAAUUUUCUCAAGAUACACAGUGAAAGAGGCCAAAAAGGCUUGCAAUGGCCCCAAAAACCGCUACGUGGACAUCCUGCCAUAUGAUUAUAACCGCGUCCAGCUGACCACAGGAAAUGGAGAUGCGGGAUGUGACUACAUCAACGGCAGCUUCAUUGAUGGAUACAAGGAACCAAAGAAGUACAUUGCAGCUCAAGGGCCAAAGGAUGAAACUGUGAGUGACUUCUGGAGGAUGGUCUGGGAGCAGCAGUCCUCUAUUAUCGUCAUGGUGACACGUUGUGAGGAAGGAAACAGGGUCAAGUGUGCGCAGUACUGGCCCUCUCCGGAACGGGAGACUGAAAUUUUCGAGGAGUUCAUAGUGAAGCUAACCUCAGAGGACCACUGCCCAGAUUACACCAUCCGCCAUCUGACCCUGACUAACAAGAGGGAAAAGAAUUCAGAGAGAGAAGUGACUCACAUCCAGUUCAUGAGCUGGCCAGACCAUGGCGUCCCGGGAGAACCUCAACUCCUCCUGAAGCUGAGACGCCGCGUCAAUGCUUUCAAGAACUUCUUCAGUGGUCCCAUUGUUGUUCACUGCAGUGCUGGAGUCGGCAGGACAGGCACCUACAUCGGCAUCGAUGCAAUGAUGGAGGGUCUGGAGGCAGAAGGCAGAGUGGAUAUUUACGGUUAUGUGGUCAGACUCCGCAGACAGAGAUGUCUCAUGGUCCAAGUAGAGGCCCAGUACAUCCUGAUCCACCAGGCCCUGCUGGAGUACAACCAGUUUGGAGAGACAGAGAUUACUCUGGCUGAGCUGCACAGCACAAUAAAAGAGCUCAAACAGAAGAACUCAGACAAUGAGCCCACCUUAAUGGAAGAAGAGUUUGAGAGACUCCCCACCUUUAAAAACUGGAGGACAUUCAACACGGGGAUAUCUGAGGAAAACAAGAACAAGAAUCGAUCUUCUUCUGUCAUCCCGUAUGACUUCAACCGAGUGUUACUGAAGCUAGAUGAAGGUCACAGUCAGGACAGCGACCCUGAUGAGGAUGAAGAGGACGAGUCAUCAGAUGAGGAGGAUGAAGACUCCACUAAAUACAUCAAUGCUUCCCACAUUGAUGGCUACUGGGGCCAGCGUGCCUUCAUCGCAGCACAGACUCCACUGCCAGACACUACAGAUGACUUCUGGCUGAUGGUUUAUCAGAAGAAAGCAUCUGCUAUCGUCAUGCUUUCAGACAGCAGUGAGGGAGAUAAAGAUAGUGACUCUGUGUAUUGGGAUGCAAAUAAGAAAACAUUUGGAGACGUUGAGGUGGAAGUUACAAACAAAGAAACCUCAGCGACGUUCAUCACUCGCAGCAUGCUGAUCCGUCAUGUCAAGAGGAAAGAGAGUCGGACGGUGGCACAUUUCCAGUUUCUGAAGUGGGAAAACAAAGACCUGCCAGAAAAAAGCCAAGACUUCAUAAAUAUGAUCAAGGACAUUAAGCACAACUAUGGAGACCAAAUACAGAGGAGCAUGCCCGUUGUGGUCCACUGCACUAAUGGUUCGUCACGUUCAGGGAUCUUCUGUGCACUCUGGAACCUGCUGGACAGCGCAGAAACUGAGAAGCUGGUGGAUGUUUUCCAAGUGGUCAAAACUCUACGCAAGGAGAGACAGGGAAUGCUCUCUAGCCUGGAACAUUACCAGUUCUUAUACAGCGCUCUGGAGGGUGCCUUCCCCGUCCAGAAUGGGGAAGUAAAACAGGUACAUGCUGCUGCAGCCGACAGAGUUCAGAUAGUCAAUGAAACCAAAGCAGAAGAGCAGCCUGUUGAGGUGAAGGCUGAGCAGCCGGCCAGCACUACCAGCACAGACCAGCAGGGGGCAGCAGAGCUCACUUCCCUGCUGGAUGAUGGCGGGGAGAAGGAGAAAAAAGAGGAGCCUAAAACAGAGUCCAGCGCUCCCUCUGAUACAAAACCACUGGAGGACACCAGCAAUGGUCCUGUUGUCACUGUGGAGAUCUGAGACAUUAAUUCUGUCAUUUCACGGUAUUGAAAUGUUGAGUUCAGUUUCAUGCGUCUAUAAAUUACCUUACGAAUGUACUGUCCCCAAAAAACUGUAAAACUUUAAGGCAGUGGGGGCUUUGUGAAAAUUAGUUGAAAAGUGUAAUCUCAUAUUUUUAUCUCGUCACAAAAAAUUAUGAAAUAAACUAUAAGUUAUAAACAUUUAAUAUCAUAAUGUGUAGAGAUGUUUUAUGUAGGCCAAGUUUAUCAGAAUUGCUGUUGUCAAACUUUUGGACAUGAAUUUACUGUAUAGUGAGUGAAAUUUAAGAGUAAAGUUUAGACCAUUUUAAAAAGUUUUUAAAUCUGUAACCUCAUAUUUGCUUUAAUUUAGUUUAUAUGUUUUUUUUUUGUUUGUUUUUUUUUUUUGUGCUACUACUGUACACACAAGCUUAAGUGUACAUACAGCUGUUAUAUUGGAAAAAUUUAGCUGUCAAGUUCAAAGUAUGUGAUGUGACAUUGUAUUUCUAUUAAAAUUAUAUGAGAAAAUA